UCGCAUCCAGUCUGGAGUUGAACAUCGAAGAAAACGGCAGCAAAACCGAAAACUGCUCCUCGAGAACCGUGAACUUUUAGAAGGGACUGUGUGAGAGCAGCCAGGAAUCCAAUCAGACACACACACACACGAAGACAUUUACACCCAUACACUGACACUGACACGCACACAGCCGAAUCGGUCGCCUGUACGAACACACCCUCUCGCACACUCAUGCACUCGUGUACAUAUAGCUUACAUAAAGUCUAAGGAAAAAUCGAUAGGAGUGCAUUAAUAAUUCAGCGAAAAUAGAAGAGGAAAAGGUCUCGAGCAAAAAUCUUCAAGUAGUUCGAGUUUUCCGCUUAAGCUAACGGUGAAGAAAAGUUCCCAGUCGCGUGAAAAAUAUGACUAAUCUGCAGUGACGACACACGCCGCUUACACAAUUUCUCUACACCAAUUAAUCGCUGAAAUCAAUUCGAGACGGGCAUUUUCCCACUGGCAAUUGUGAAAAAAUGGUCACCGAAAAUGGAGCUCAGGGCGAUGGAAAUACUUCCUUUCUGCGCGCCGCUCGUGCCGGAAAUCUGGAGCGAGUGCUCGAGCAUUUGAAGAACAACAUAGACAUAAACACCAGCAAUGCGAACGGCUUGAAUGCCCUGCACCUGGCCUCCAAGGAUGGCCACAUCCACGUCGUCUCGGAACUCCUUCGUCGGGGAGCGAUUGUGGACAGUGCCACCAAAAAGGGAAACACCGCCCUCCACAUCGCCUCAUUGGCUGGACAGGAGGAGGUGGUGAAGCUACUGCUGGAGCACAAUGCCUCCGUGAACGUGCAAUCCCAGAAUGGAUUCACUCCACUUUACAUGGCCGCCCAGGAGAACCACGAUGCGGUGGUGCGUCUGCUUCUGUCCAACGGAGCCAACCAGAGUCUGGCCACCGAGGAUGGCUUCACCCCACUGGCGGUGGCCAUGCAGCAGGGUCACGACAAAGUGGUAGCUGUCCUCCUCGAGAGUGAUACUCGUGGAAAGGUCAGGCUCCCAGCAUUGCACAUUGCCGCCAAAAAGGACGACGUCAAGGCAGCGACUCUGCUUCUCGAUAAUGACCACAAUCCGGACGUGACUUCCAAGUCGGGCUUCACCCCGCUGCACAUCGCUUCCCAUUAUGGUAACCAGAACAUCGCCAACCUGCUCAUCCAGAAGGGCGCCGAUGUCAACUACUCGGCCAAGCACAACAUCAGUCCGCUGCACGUGGCCGCCAAGUGGGGCAAGACCAACAUGGUGUCCCUGCUCCUGGAGAAAGGUGGUAACAUCGAGGCAAAGACCCGGGACGGACUCACGCCGCUCCAUUGCGCCGCCCGCUCCGGUCACGAGCAAGUGGUGGACAUGCUACUCGAACGAGGAGCUCCCAUCUCUGCCAAGACCAAAAAUGGUUUGGCACCCCUCCAUAUGGCCGCCCAGGGUGAGCAUGUGGAUGCUGCCCGCAUCCUACUGUACCAUCGUGCUCCCGUCGAUGAGGUGACAGUGGACUAUCUGACUGCCCUUCAUGUGGCUGCCCACUGUGGUCAUGUCAGGGUGGCCAAGCUACUACUGGAUCGAAAUGCCGAUGCCAAUGCCAGGGCUUUGAAUGGAUUCACACCACUGCACAUUGCCUGCAAGAAGAAUCGCUUGAAGGUGGUGGAGCUGCUGCUGCGACAUGGUGCCAGCAUUAGUGCCACCACAGAGAGUGGACUCACUCCGCUCCAUGUGGCCGCUUUCAUGGGCUGCAUGAACAUUGUCAUCUAUCUGCUGCAGCACGACGCCAGCCCCGAUGUGCCCACUGUGCGCGGCGAGACGCCACUCCAUCUGGCCGCCAGAGCCAACCAGACCGACAUCAUUCGCAUCCUGCUGCGCAAUGGCGCCCAGGUGGACGCACGUGCCCGAGAGCAACAGACGCCGCUGCACAUCGCAUCGCGUCUGGGAAAUGUGGACAUAGUGAUGCUACUGCUGCAACAUGGCGCCCAGGUGGACGCCACCACCAAGGACAUGUACACGGCACUGCACAUCGCAGCCAAGGAGGGCCAGGAUGAGGUGGCCGCUGUGCUAAUUGAGAACGGCGCCGCCUUGGAUGCCGCUACCAAGAAGGGAUUCACGCCACUGCACUUGACGGCCAAGUAUGGACACAUUAAGGUUGCCCAGCUGCUGCUCCAAAAGGAGGCGGAUGUGGAUGCGCAGGGCAAGAACGGUGUCACCCCAUUGCAUGUGGCUUGCCACUACAAUAACCAGCAGGUUGCCCUGCUGCUGCUGGAGAAGGGAGCCAGUCCACAUGCCACGGCCAAGAAUGGACACACCCCGCUCCACAUUGCCGCAAGAAAGAACCAGAUGGACAUAGCUACUACUCUGCUGGAAUACGGCGCUUUGGCCAAUGCCGAGAGCAAGGCCGGAUUCACUCCGCUCCAUUUGAGCAGCCAGGAGGGACAUGCCGAGAUCUCCAAUCUGCUGAUCGAGCACAAGGCCGCCGUCAAUCAUCCGGCCAAGAAUGGUCUAACACCCAUGCACCUGUGCGCCCAGGAGGAUAAUGUGAACGUGGCCGAGAUUCUGGAGAAGAACGGCGCCAACAUCGACAUGGCCACCAAGGCUGGCUAUACUCCGUUGCAUGUGGCCUCGCAUUUUGGCCAGGCCAACAUGGUGCGUUUCUUACUGCAGAACGGCGCAAAUGUGGAUGCGGCCACCUCGAUUGGCUAUACUCCGCUCCAUCAGACUGCCCAGCAGGGUCAUUGCCAUAUUGUGAAUCUCCUGCUGGAGCACAAGGCCAAUGCCAAUGCCCAAACCGUCAAUGGACAGACGCCACUGCACAUUGCCCGCAAACUGGGCUACAUAAGUGUCCUGGACUCGUUGAAAACCAUCACCAAGGAGGAUGAGGCAGCUGCUGCUCCGGCCCAAACCGAGGAGAAGUACCGCGUGGUGGCGCCCGAGGCCAUGCACGAGUCCUUUAUGUCCGACUCCGAGGAAGAGGGCGGCGAAGACAAUAUGCUAUCAGAUCAACCAUACCGCUAUUUGACCGUUGAUGAAAUGAAAUCCCUAGGCGACGACUCGCUGCCCAUCGAUGUAACCCGUGAUGAGCGCAUGGACUCCAACCGGAUGACCCAGAGCACCGAGUACGCCUCUGGAGUUCCGCCCACCAUUGGUGAGGAGGUGAUCAGUCCCCACAAGAGCCAGGUGUACGGCAGUUCACCCAAGGCCACCGUGGAUGGAGUUUACAUAGCCAAUGGAUCUGGUCACGAUGAGCCGCCGCAUGUGGGUCGCAAGUUAAGCUGGAAGAGCUUCUUGGUGUCCUUCCUGGUGGAUGCCCGUGGAGGAGCGAUGCGCGGCUGUCGGCACAGUGGCGUCCGCAUGAUCAUCCCCUCGAGGUCCACUUGUCAGCCAACCAGGGUAACCUGUCGCUAUGUGAAGCCGCAGCGCACCAUGCAUCCGCCCCAGUUGAUGGAGGGCGAGGCCUUGGCCAGUCGCGUCCUGGAGCUGGGUCCUUGCUCCACCAAGUUCAUUGGGCCCGUGGUCAUGGAGGUGCCGCACUUUGCCUCGCUGCGCGGCAAGGAGCGCGAGAUCAUCAUACUGCGAUCAGACAAUGGGGAAACAUGGCGGGAGCACACCAUCGAUAACUCCGAGGAGAUCAUACACGAUGUCCUCCAGCAGUGCUUUGAGCCAGAGGAGAUUGCCCAACUAGAGGAGCAGGCUGGUAACCAUGUCUGCCGAUUCGUCACCUACGACUUCCCUCAGUAUUUCGCCGUCGUAUCACGCAUACGUCAGGAGGUCCAUGCCAUUGGACCGGAGGGCGGCAUGGUGUCCAGCACCGUGGUGCCACAGGUGCAGGCCGUCUUCCCACAGGGAGCCCUCACCAAGAAGAUCAAAGUUGGCUUACAGGCCCAACCGGUCGAUCCCGACCUCACGGCGAAGCUUUUGGGUCGCGGCGUGGCCGUAUCGCCAAUUGUUACGGUCGAGCCGCGUCGCCGUAAAUUCCACAAGGCCAUCACACUCAGCAUGCCCGCCCCCAAGGCUCACAGCCAGGGUAUGAUCAACCAGUACUCGGGCAAUACGCCCACCCUGCGUCUGCUAUGCUCCAUUACAGGCGGACCAUCUCGUGCUCAAUGGGAGGAUGUCACCGGUUCCACGCCCCUGACAUUUGUCAACGACUGUGUCUCCUUUACGACCACAGUAUCAGCUCGUUUCUGGCUGAUGGAUUGCCGCAACAUUUCGGAUGCCACCAAAAUGGCCACUGAACUGUACAAGGAAGUCAUCCAUGUGCCGUUUAUCGCCAAGUUUGUUGUAUUCGCCAAGAAGAUCGAACCAUUCGAGGCUAGACUCCGGGUCUUCUGCAUGACCGACGAUCGUGAGGAUAAAACCCUCGAGAAGCAUGAGCUCUACACGGAAGUUGCCAAGAGCCGGGAUGUCGAGGUCCUCGAGGGCAAGCCGCAGUACAUCGAGAUGGCUGGCAAUCUGGUGCCUGUGACCAAAUCGGGCGACCAGCUCCAGGUGCAAUUUAAGGCCUUCCGAGAGAACCGCCUGCCGUUCACUGUACGAGUCAAGGAUCAACAUGCCGAUAUUGUUGGACGCACGUUGUUCAUGAAGGAACCGAAGGUGGCCAAGGGCGAGCCACCGCAACAGCCCAUCUGCAUUCUGAACAUCGUUCUACCGGAGGCUGUAAUUCCCGAUUCCACAACGGCCUUUUCGGACCGCGUCACCUCCGCUUACAGGACCUCAAUGUUCAGCUUGAGCAAGCAUCAAAAUGACCAUUACAUUGGUGACAUCCGCAUCGUCGAUCUAUCCAACCUGUUGGGCAAGGAUUGGAUUCAGCUGGCCCCGGAAAUUGGCAUCAAUGGGGAGGAGAUCGAUGAGAUCAUCAACCACAACACAGAUAGCAUUGCCAGGCAGGCACAGAGCAUGAUUCGCCUGUAUAAGGACAAGCCGAACUACGAUAUUCUUUCGUUGGAAACGGCACUCAAAAACAUUGGACGAGACGACAUCAUGAAAAAGUGCAAAAGCGGACGACUAUCGCAUUCGCGUGAGUUCGAUGAGGCGGACCUUAUGAAGAACUCGGAGUCCGUCGAGGAAUUGGUUCGCAGGGAAAGCAAGCGAAUCCAGCAAAUUAACGAACGCGAAGAAGUCAAAUACUCUGCCGAGGAGAAGGAGGUCGAGGAAUCGGAGUCCGAUGAGGAAGCUGCCAAGCGAACAGUAGCGGAACGUCGGGAAAAGAUUGUAAAGCGCCUGUCCAUGGAACGAUCAAUUCCUGCCUCAACUCAAAAGAAGGAGAUCACCCGCGAAAUAACCGAAAUCAAACGUAAAAGUCUAAUCGAGGAUAAGAAGGCUCACCAUGAGUCCGAAAUUCUAAUGCAAUUGCCUGCCGAUAACGUGAUUAUCAAGACAACAACUGUUCCCGACCAAGUCAUUAAGAUGAAGAUGGGCAAGAUGGACUCAACCGAGAUAAGCAAGAGCGAGUUCGACAAGGAACUUACGCACAAGUUCAGGACAUCCGGGCGUAGCUCAGAGGAGGAAGACCAGCCAUCGUCUCCGGAUCAGACUGACAAGAUUGUCCAGGACAUUAGUGCUGCCGAGAAGAAGGAAAAGGAUGGCGUUACCUUCAGCCGAGUGACGACAAUAACACGCCAAGAGGCUCGCGACAUUACCGAAGACUUCUUAGAGAUUGAGAAGCGCAGCCAACUGCCGGCUACUUCCACAAACGCAACAGUUCAUGAGAAGUUCGUUGAGGAGAUCAAGGAGAAGACUAGCCCUCUGGCUUCAGUGCCGCAAGAAACCGUCAAGGAGGUGCAGCAAGUCAUCAGCGAGGUGACCGAAAUAGCCAGCAAGAAGGUUGAAAACAUUAUUAGCUCCUUUGAGAGUAGCAAGCCCGUGGAAGCUACUCCAGUUCUGCCCACACAGUCGUCUGUCGAAUCAACGAAGGUUAGCGAGACCAUCAAGAACCUGGAGGAUGCAAAGGCCGUGCCCGCGGAGCAAUCGAAGACUGUCCAUGUUAUCGAGAGCUCUAGUAUCGAGGAGACCAUUGCCGAGUUCGAAGCCAAGAAGGUCAAAUAUGACUUCCAUGGCGGUGAGCCUAAGACGCAGAUCCCUAAGUUUACGCGGAAGCCUAGCGAUGAUUCAAUGAAACCCACUGCAGCUCCACGUGCUACAGUUGAAUCCGAAACCGAAUCGGUCAUUGAAACUAAGGCCGAAAAACCGAUCUCAAAGAUUCCAGUCAAGACAAUACCAACCGAAGCUCAAAAGGUCAGCGAGGUAGAUGCACGUAAGAUCACUCAAGACUUCCUGCAGGGUGAGAAACAGGCGGCCGAACCCAAGCCAUCCCCAGCAGCCAGCAAGAUACCCAAGGUGGAGCCGAGAAAGUCUGUGGAUAAGCAGGUCGAACGGGAAUCAAAAAUCUUGGAUGAUGUUGUGGCCUCUACGGCCACCAUUAUGACCGCUGGACUAGGGGGUGAGCAGCUCAAAGAACAAAGUUUCAAACAUUCAGAAAUUAUCGCCAAAUCCGAAACAGUCGCGGAAAAGGUGAGCGAACUGCUUGACACAUUCCACAAGAUCGAGGAGAAGGUUACCAAAUCUGAGAAGACAUCGGAAGUAUCCAGCAAAGUGGAGGAGCUAGUUAAAAUCGAGGACAACACUGUCUCACAAGUUCAGCUCAAGGAGGAUAAGGUGGCUGAAAAGGUUGCUGAAGUUAUCGAAACAUUCCACAAAAUCGAGGAGCAGAUCACCACUGCCGAUGCCCACCAGCUCACUCGUGAUUUCCUGAGCAUGGAGCAACAAACCCAAUUGCCAAGCAUGCCACAAGCUGCUGAGAAGCCUCUUGAAUCCAGUUUGACAUCCACAAGUGCUUCGGAGCCAGAAUCAUUUGUUACAGUGAAGUCCUCACCGCCUGCGAGUAAGAUUCCUGUAGUGGAACCCAGAAAAAUCGUUUUCGAAGAAACCACAAAGCCUCUGGUCGAGCCUGAGACAGUGAAGUCCAUUGAAAAGAAGCCUCUCAAUGAGCCACAACUAACCGCUGAUUUGUUGAGCAUGGAGCAGCAAACCCAGCUGGUCUCCGAGCCUGCCAAAUCGUUGGUAGAAGAGGUGAUAAAGUCCGCCGAGCAAAUAGUGGAGCAACCGAAACAGCAAAAACCCCUGAAUGAACGUCAACUUACAGAGGACUUCCUGCUUAUGGAACAGCAGACACAACUGCCUACAGACAUUCUGAAGCCAACGGAUAAGCUGAUCGAUGGUAUCGAGUCUGCAGCACCAGUUGGAGAUGAAGGUUCGCCGUUCCACAUGCCCAAGUUGACCACCAGUGUGGUGACCCAGGAGCCACAGCAACUGGCGAGCGAAUAUGACAGUGACACUUUCGGCAAACAGGCCACCAUGCCGGUAGGAGAUUCAAUGUUGGAACAGGGACUCAUUGCACCAGUAUCCAUGGAACCACGGAAGUCACUGACCGAUGCCGAGUUCUGCAAAUCGGUGGGCGAAACAAUCACCAAGAAGAUGAGCGUGGGAGUAAUUGAAAUAAGUGAUGAGCUCAAGAAAAUGGAGAGCGAAAUCCCACACUCCCAGACUCCGCCACCAACACCGAGUGACAACAAAACCGACAAGCAGAACGAAGAGCCUGAACUGAUCAGCUUAGAACGUGAUUAUCUGGCCGACACUGUGACCACCCUGCAUACGACUACAGAGUCGACCCUCGAACGCGUUUCUGCCAUUACCAAAAUUGAGCACUUCAGUGUUCAUAAUGUAAAAUCCGAAACCUUUACAAGAACAGAUGAACCUGAUAAGCUGCUCCAUAGUGUGGUAGCUCCCCCCGAUAUUCAGAAAUUGUACUCACAAGACACUACCUCAUUUACAGAAAUGAGUACAAGUAGUCAAACACCGAAGAUGACAACAACGACGACCAUGACAGCACAAAUAGAUCGCACCAAAGUAGAUUUGACUAUUCCUGGGCAAGAUCAGCAAAAACAGAAGGAUGUGAAGGAACAGUCCUCAGUAGAUGUAGAUGUAAAAUCAGAGGCAGAGAAGACUGCCAGUGAUAGGGAUUAUUUAGAACAAAUUAUGGGCUGUGGUGAUGUGAGACGCAAGAUCAUGCGUUUGGAGAGCAGUGGCAGCACCGAAUCAUUGGAAUCCAUGGGCAAGUCAUCCACUGUGACACCCAAAUAUAUAGGCGACAAUGUGCCAGUGGUGCGAGAGGUGGUGCAGAGCAUGGAGGAUAAGAUCUGCAGUUCAGUGGUGUCGGCCAUUCCAUUUACCGUGCAAAAACGGAAGACCCAUGAAGAUGACGUGGAACCCAAUGUAGUAGAGCUAGAAAAGCAAAUACUUACGCCAGCAGAUUUGGCCCUGGAAAAGUUAAUCAAAUGCGAGCCCCCUUCUGAGGUGGUAAAAAUUUCACCCAUCGAGGCCAUGGCUCUUGGCCUUAAAGAGAUUGAGGAAGAGGUUUGUGAAAAGGUUUGUGAGAAGCGCAAGUCCUUUGUGGUAGCUGAAGACUUUUGUGAAACGGAUAAGACUUUAACAGAACAGGUAAUAGAUUUAAAUAGGCAAGUAGACCAGGUACCUGCAAGGAUUUUAACUGAAACUAUUGAAAAGCAUUUAGACUUAGAAGAUAGGGAUGUCCUUGAAGCAUCACCAACGGUUAGGGAAGUUGUGCAGGACAUUGAACGUAAAUAUCCCGCGGCUAGCUUAGAGGCCAAACCUUUUAGUCCACGCAAGCGUGAAACCCCAGACCGUAAGGUUGAUGUUUCGUCCAUAGAGCAGCUGAUUUUAAGUGACGCCGAUCUGAUAUUAGAUGGUUUGGGCUCUAAGUGCAUACCAGAACAAAAGGUACAGUCGCCCAUUUCUUCCAUGAACAAGACGAGCAGCAGUACUGAAAACCUAGAAGAUAUAUGCGAAAAAAUAUGCUCAAAGCGCACAAUCUCAGAUAUGGCAAAGGUAUUUGAAAGGAAAGAAGAUCCAACAACUUUACCAUAUAUUGAAAAAGUAAAGUCGACAACUGCCAAGUUCCUAGAGUGCGAGUCAGGGAAGUUCGCUAUUACGGAUAGUAUUCAGGAUUUUAAUGCCAAGAGUAGUUUAAAUGAAGAAAUAGCAGGGAUUGAAAAAGGUCAACAUAGAUUUUUAACAGAUUGUGAUACACAAGAAUUUCCAAUAGAAACGAAUAUGGAUACAAAAUUCGUAGAAUUCCCAAAAAUUUCACACACCCUCGAACGAUUACAUUCCAUUUCGAAAACUGACCUUGCGGAUACAAAGAAAAUCGUCCACGAAUCUAGUAGAUUUGAAUCAAAACUAGAUAAACUUGUGCACAAAAUAGAUAACCAAAAUCUUGAUUUUGAACACAAUGUCAAGUUUCCCACUAAGGAUAAUUUAGAUGACCUUCAGACAGAGAAGAACUUGACCUCUGAACUUGUUACAAUGACGGAUAACUCGGAGUAUAAAUUUCCAUCUGAAGGAAAAUCUUAUUUACGUAAAGAACCAAUUGAAAGCGAAAGCGACGAGGAGCUGGACAAUUUGAAAAGGAAAAGCAAGCUUAACCUUUUAUCGAAAAUAGAGCACUCAUCGUAUUUUGAUACAACAAAGGUCGUUAAGAUCACAGAAAGAAGAGAAAUAACUAAAUUUCCAAUGGCGGACGAUAGUCAUGGUGACAUGUUAAGCAAAUCAGGAAACACAUUUUACUCUGGGGCAAAAGCAGAAUACAUUCAUUCCACUGACACAUUGUCAAACAGAAACAAGUCAUUUAGCCACCCAACUUCGUUGGUACCUAAUCCAAAAUCUUUAGUAACUUCUACAACUGGUAGUGGGGAUAAGUCUCCUCUUCAUCCUCAAGAAAAACCAAAGUCACCUGAGAAGAAAAACGAAAUGGUCUUAGCUAAACCAGACGACAGUUCCAAGUCAGUCAUUGAGACUGUUAAGCUCAGUCCCAAAGAAUAUUCGGACGACGAAUCUGAUGACGCAAUAGAUAUUCCCAAACUACAAGACAAACCUAUUAGCCACCCAACUUCUUUGGUAACUUCUGUAACAGGUAGUGGGGAUAAGUCUCCUCUUCAUCCUGAAAAAAAGCCGAAGUCGCCUGAGAAGAAAGACGAAAAGGUCCUAGAUAAACCAGAAGACAGUUCCAAGUCACUCAUUGAGACUGUCAAGCCCAGUCGCAAGGAAUAUUCGGACGACGAAUCUGAUUACGAAAUAGAUAUUCCCAAACCACAUGACCCUAUUAGCCACCCAACUUCUUUGGUAACUUCUGUAACAGGUAGUGGGGAUAAGUCUCCUCUUCAUCCUGAAGAAAAGCCGAAGUCGCCUGAGAAGAAAGACGAAAAGGUCCUAGAUAAACCAGAAGGCAGUUCCAAAUCACUCAUUGAGACUGUCAAGACCAGUCCCAAAGAAUAUUCGGACGAAGAAUCUGAUGACGAAAUAGAUAUUCCCAAACCACAAGACAAACCUAUUAGCUACCCCACUUCUUUGGUAACUUCUGUGACUGGUAGGGAGGAUAAGUCUCCUCUUCAUCCUGGAGAAAAACCGAAGUCGCCUGAGAAGAAAGACGAAAAGGUCCUAGCGAAACCAGACGACAGUUCCAAGUCAGUCAUUGAGACUAUUAAGCCCAGUCUACCUAUUUUAAAAGAGUAUUCGGACGAUGAAAGUGAGGAGGAGUUUGGAAUUACUAAGCCUUACGACAAGCCUGAUAGUCACCCAAUAUCUUUAGUAACUUCUGUAGCAGAUUUUGGGGAAAAAUCUCCUCUUCAUCCUGAAGAAAAAACAAAGUCACCCGAGAAGAAAGACGAAAAGGUCCUAGCUAAACCAGAUGACAGUUCCAAGUCUAUCAUUGAGACUGUUAAGCCCAGUCGCAAAGAAAAUUCGGAUGACGAAUCUGAUGACGAAAUAGAUAUUCCCAAACCACAAGAAAAACCUAUUAGCUACCCCACUUCUUUGGUAACUUCUGUAACAGGUAGUGGGGAUAAGUCUCCUCUUCAUCCUGAAGAAAUACCGAAGUCGCCUGAGAAGAAAGACGAAAAGGUCCUAGCGAAACCAGACGACAGUUUCAAGCCAGUCAUGGAGACUGUUAAGCCCAGUCCCAAAGAAUAUUCGGACGACGAAUCUGAUUACGAAAUAGAUAUUCCCAAACCACAAGACAAACCUAUUAGCCACCCAACUACUUUGGUAACUUCUGUGACUGGUAGUGAGGAUAAGUCUCCCCUUCAUCCAGAAGAAAAACCGAAGUCGCCUGAGAAGAAAGACGAAAAGAUCCUAGAUAAACCAGACGACAGUUCCAAGUCAGUCAUUAAGACUAUUAAGCCCAGUCUACCUAUUUUAAAAGAGUAUUCGGACGAUGAAAGUGAGGAGGAGUUUGGUAUUACUAAGCCUUACGACAAGCCUGAUAGUCACCCAAUAUCCUUGGUAACUUCUGUAGCAGAUCUUGGGGAAAAAUCUCCUCUUCAUCCUGAAGAAAAAACAAAUUCACCUGAGAAGAAUGACGAAAAGGUCCUAGCUAAACCAGAUGACAGUUCCAAGUCUAUCAUUGAGACUGUUACGCCCAGUCGCAAAGAAUAUUCGGAUGACGAAUCUGAUGACGAAAUAGAUAUUCCCAAACCACAAGAAAAACCUAUUAGUCACCCAAUAUCUUUGGUAACUUCUGUAGCAGAUCUUGGGGAAAAGUCUCCUCUUCAUCCUGAAGAAAAUCCGAAGUCGCCUAAGGAGAAAGACGAAAAGAUCCUAGAUAAACCAGACCACAGUUCCAAGUCACUCAUUGAGACUGUCAAGCCCAGUCCCAAAGAAUAUUCGGACGAAGAAUCUGAUGACGAAAUAGAUAUUCCCAAACCACAAGACAAACCUAUUAGCCACCCAACUUCUUUGGUAACUUCUGUAACAGGUAGUGGGGAUAAGUCUCCUCUUUAUCCUGAAGAAAAGCCGAAGUCGCAUGAGAAGAAAGACGAAAAGGUCCUAGAUAAACCAGAAGACAGUUCCAAAUCACUCAUUGAGACUGUCAAGACCAGUCCCAAAGAAUAUUCGGACGAAGAAUCUGAUGACGAAAUAGAUAUUCCCAAACCACAAGACAAACCUAUUAGCUACCCCACUUCUUUGGUAACUUCUGUGACUGGUAGGGAGGAUAAGUCUCCUCUUCAUCCUGGAGAAAAACCGAAGUCGCCUGAGAAGAAAGACGAAAAGGUCCUAGCGAAACCAGACGACAGUUCCAAGUCAGUCAUUGAGACUAUUAAGCCCAGUCUACCUAUUUUAAAAGAGUAUUCGGACGAUGAAAGUGAGGAGGAGUUUGGAAUUACUAAGCCUUACGACAAGCCUGAUAGUCACCCAAUAUCUUUAGUAACUUCUGUAGCAGAUUUUGGGGAAAAAUCUCCUCUUCAUCCUGAAGAAAAAACAAAGUCACCCGAGAAGAAAGAUGAAAAGGUCCUAGCUAAACCAGAUGACAGUUCCAAGUCUAUCAUUGAGACUGUUAAGCCCAGUCGCAAAGAAUAUUCGGAUGACGAAUCUGAUGACGAAAUAGAUAUUCCCAAACCACAAGAAAAACCUAUUAGCUACCCCACUUCUUUGGUAACUUCUGUAACAGGUAGUGGGGAUAAGUCUCCUCUUCAUCCUGAAGAAAUACCGAAGUCGCCUGAGAAGAAAGACGAAAAGGUCCUAGCGAAACCAGACGACAGUUUCAAGCCAGUCAUGGAGACUGUUAAGCCCAGUCCCAAAGAAUAUUCGGACGACGAAUCUGAUUACGAAAUAGAUAUUCCCAAACCACAAGACAAACCUAUUAGCCACCCAACUACUUUGGUAACUUCUGUGACUGGUAGUGAGGAUAAGUCUCCCCUUCAUCCAGAAGAAAAACCGAAGUCGCCUGAGAAGAAAGACGAAAAGAUCCUAGAUAAACCAGACGACAGUUCCAAGUCAGUCAUUAAGACUAUUAAGCCCAGUCUACCUAUUUUAAAAGAGUAUUCGGACGAUGAAAGUGAGGAGGAGUUUGGUAUUACUAAGCCUUACGACAAGCCUGAUAGUCACCCAAUAUCCUUGGUAACUUCUGUAGCAGAUCUUGGGGAAAAAUCUCCUCUUCAUCCUGAAGAAAAAACAAAUUCACCUGAGAAGAAUGACGAAAAGGUCCUAGCUAAACCAGAUGACAGUUCAAAGUCUAUCAUUGAGACUGUUACGCCCAGUCGCAAAGAAUAUUCGGAUGACGAAUCUGAUGACGAAAUAGAUAUUCCCAAACCACAAGAAAAACCUAUUAGUCACCCAAUAUCUUUGGUAACUUCUGUAGCAGAUCUUGGGGAAAAGUCUCCUCUUCAUCCUGAAGAAAAUCCGAAGUCGCCUAAGGAGAAAGACGAAAAGAUCCUAGAUAAACCAGACCACAGUUCCAAGUCUAUCAUUGAGACUGUUAAGCCCACUCCCAAAGAAUAUUCGGAAGACGAAAUAGAUAUGUCCAAGCCACAAGACAAACCCAUUAGCCACCCAACUACUUUGGUAACUUCUGUGACUGGUAGUGAGGGUAAGUCUCCUCUUCAUCCUGAAGAAAAACCGAAGUCGUCUGAGAAGAAAGACGAAAAGGUCCUAGCUAAACCAAACGACAGUUCCAAGUCAGUCAUUGAGACUAUUAAGCCCAGUCGCAAAGAAUAUUCGGACGACGAAUCUGAUGACGAAAUAGAUAUUCCCAAACCACAAGACAAACCUAUAAGCCACCCAACUUCUUUGGUAACUUCUGUAACAGCUAGUGGGGAUAAGUCUCCUCUUCAUCCUGAAGAAAAACCGAAGUCGCCUGAGAAGAAAGACGAAAAGGUCCUAGCGAAACCAGACGACAGUUCCAAGUCAGUCAUUGAGACUAUUAAGCCCAUGAAGCCUAUUUUAAAAGAGUAUUCGGACGAUGAAAGUGAGGAGAAGUUUAGAGUUACUAAGCCUUACGACAAGCCUGAUAGUCACCCAAUAUCCUUGGUAACUUCUGUAGCAGAUCUUGGGGAAAAAUCUCCUCUUCAUCCUGAAGAAAAAGCAAAGUCACCUGAGAAGAAUGACGAAAAGGUCCUAGCUAAACCAGAUGACAGUUCCAAGUCUGUCAUUGAGACUGUCAAGCCCAGUCCCAAAGAAUAUUCGGACGAAGAAUCUGAUGACGAAAUAGAUAUUUCCAAACCACAAGACAAACCUAUUAGCCACCCAACUUCUUCGGUAACUUCUGUAACAGGUAGUGGGGAUAAGUCUCCUCUUCAUCCUGAAGAAAAACCGAAGUCGCCUGAGAGCAAAGACAAAAAGAUCCUAGAUAAACCAGACGACAGUUCCAAGUCAGUCAUUGAGACUGUCAAGCCCAGUCCCAAAGAAUAUUCGGACGAAGAAUCUGAUGACGAAAUAGAUAUUCCCAAACCACAAGACAAACCUAUUAGCCACCCAACUUCUUUGGUAACUUCUGUAACAGGUAGUGGGGAUAAGUCUCCUCUUCAUCCUAAAGAAAAAACAAAGUCACCCGAGAAGAAAGACGAAAAGGUCCUAGCUAAACCAGAUGACAGUUUCAAGUCUAUCAUUGAGACUGUUAAGCCCAGUCGGAAAGAAUAUUCGGACGACGAAUCUGAUGACGAAAUAGAUAUUCCCAAACCACAAGACAAACCUAUUAGCCACCCAACUUCUUUGGUAACUUCUGUAACAGGUAGUGGGGAUAAGUCUCCUCUUCCUACUGAAAAAAAACCGAAGUCGCCUGAGAGGAAAGACGAAAAGAUCCUAGAUAAAACAGACGACAGUUCCAAGUCAGUGAUUGAGACUGUCAAGCCCAGUCCCAAAGAAUAUUCGGACGACGAAUCUGAUGACGAAAUAGAUAUUCCCAAACCACAAGACAAACCUAUUAGCCACCCAACUUCUUUGGUAACUUCUGUAACAGCUAGUGGGGAUAAGUCUCCCCUUCAUCCUGAAGAAAAACCGAAGUCGCCUGAGGAGAAAAACGAAAAGAUCCUAGAUAAACCAGACGACAGUUCCAAGUCAGUCAUUGAGACUGUCAAGACCAGUCCCAAAGAAUAUUCGGACGACGAAUCUGACGACGAAAUAGAUAUUCCCAAGCCACAAGAAAAACCUAUUAGUCACCCAAUAUCUUUGGUAACUUCUGUAGCAGAUCUUGGGGAAAAAUCUCCUCUUCAUCCUGAAGCAAAAACAAAGUCGCCCGAGAGGAAAGACAAAAAGAUCCUAGAUAAACCAGACGACAGUUUUAAGUCAGUUAUUGAGACUGCCAAGCCCAGUCCCAAAGAAUAUUCGGACGAAGAAUCUGAUGACGAAAUAGAUAUUCCCAAACCACAAGACAAACCUAUUAGCCACCCAACUUCUUUGGUAACUUCUGUAACAGUUAGUGGGGAUAAGUCUCCUCUUCAUCCUGAAGAAAUACCGAAGUCGCCUGAGAAGAAAGACGAAAAGGUCCUCACGAAAUCAGACGACAGUUCCAAGUCAGUCAUUGAGACUAUUAAGCCCAGUCUACCUAUUUUAAAAGAGUAUUCGGACGAUGAAAGUGAGGAGGAGUUUGAAAUUACUAAGCCUUACGACAAGCCUGAUAGUCACCCAAUAUCUUUGGUAACUUCUGUAGCAGGUAUUGGGGAAAAAUCUCCUCUUCAUCCUGAAGAAAAAACAAAGUCACCCGAGAAGAAAGACGAAAAGGUCCUAGCUAAACCAGAUGACAGUUUCAAGUCUAUCAUUGAGACUGUUAAGCCCAGUCCCAAAGAAUAUUCGGACGACGAAUCUGAUGACGAAAUCGAUAUCCCCAAACCACAAGACAAACCCAUUAGCCACCCAACUUCUUUGGUAACUUCUGUAACAGGUAGUGGGGAUAAGUCUCCUCUUCAUCCUGAAGAAAAACCGAAGUCGCCUGAGAGGAAAGACGAAAAGAUCCUAGAUAAAACAGACGACAGUUCCAAGUCAGUCAUUGAGACUGUCAAGCCCAGCCCCAAAGAAUAUUCGGACGACGAAUCUGAUGACGAAAUAGAUAUUCCCAAACCACAAGACAAACCUAUUAACCACCCAACUUCUUUGGUAACUUCUGUGACUGGUAGUGAGGAUAAGUCUCCACUUCAUCCUGAAGAAAAACCGAAGUCGCCUGAGAAGAAAGACGAAAAGAUCCUAGAUAAACCAGACGACAGUUCCAAGUCAGUCAUUGAGACUGUCAAGCCCAGUCUCAAAGAAUAUUCGGACGACGAAUCUGAUGACGAAAUAGAUAUCCCCAAACCACAAGACAAACCUAUUAGCCACCCAACUUCUUUGGUAACUUCUGUAACAGGUAGUGGGGACAAGUAUACUCUUCAUCCUGAAGAAAAAACAAAGUCACCUGAGAAGAAAGACGAAAAGGUCCUAGCGAAACCCGACGACAGUUUCAAGUCAGUCAUUGAGAUUAACAAGACCAGUCCUAAAGAAUAUUCGGACGACGAAUCUGAUGUCGAAAUAGAUUUCCCCAAACCACAAGACAAACCUAUUAGCUACCCGACUUCUUUGGUAACUUCUGUAACAGGUAGUGGGGACAAGUCUCCUCUUCAUCCUGAAGAAAAACCGAAGUCGCCUGAGAAGAAAGACGAAAAGGUCCUAGAUAAACCAGAAGACAGUUCCAAGUCACUCAUUGAGACUAUUAAGCCCAGUCUCUCGGAAUAUUCCGACAAUAAAGGUGAUGCCAAAAUUGAGUGUCCUAAGCCCCAAGAGAAGCCUUUUAGUGAACCAAUUCCAGAAGUGACAGCCUUCACUAGUUUCCAUGAUGUUAUGUCCACAGAAGUUAUUUCCUUCAAGGCAGAAGAAAGUUCAACAACAAUUCAAUCAAAUACUAAGUUCGCAAGCACUACUAUAACAACAGAAGAUACCAAGAUAGUUAUACCGAUUGACUCCCUUUCAAACUUAAAUGACGAUAAGAUCCCAUCCUCAGUAGAUGACAAACCAAAGUCACCAAGAGAGUCAAUGAAGCCUAUUUUAAAAGAGUAUUCGGACGAUGAAAGUGAGGAGGAGUUUGAAAUUACUAAGCCUUACGACAAGCCUGAUAGUCACCCAAUAUCUUUGGUAACUUCUGUAGCAGGUCUUGGGGAAAAAUCUCCUCUUCAUCCUGAAGAAAAAACAAAGUCACCCGAGAAGAAAGACGAAAAGGUCCUAGCUAAACCAGAUGACAGUUUCAAGUCUAUCAUUGAGACUGUUAAGCCCAGUCCCAAAGAAUAUUCGGACGACGAAUCUGAUGACGAAAUCGAUAUCCCCAAACCACAAGACAAACCUAUUAGCUACCCCACUUCUUUGCUAACUUCUGUGACUGGUAGUGAGGAUAAGUCUCCACUUCAUCCUGAAGAAAAACCGAAGUCGCCAGAGAAGAAAGACGAAAAGAUCAUAGAUAAACCAGACGACAGUUCCAAGUCAGUCAUUGAGACUGUCAAGCCCAGUCCCAAAGAAUAUUCGGACGACGAAUCUGGUGACGAAAUAGAUAUUCCCAAACCACAAGACAAACCUAUUAGCCACCCAACUUCUUUGGUAACUUCUGUGACUGGUAGUGAGGAUAAGUCUCCACUUCAUCCUGAAGAAAAACCGAAGUCGCCAGAGAAGAAAGACGAAAAGGUCCUAGCGAAACCAGACGACAGUUUCAAGCCAGUCAUUGAGACUGUUAAGCCCAGUCCCAAAGAAUAUUCGGACGACGAAUCUGGUGACGAAAUAGAUAUUCCCAAACCACAAGACAAACCUAUUAGCCACCCAACUUCUUUGGUAACUUCUGUGACUGGUAGUGAGGAUAAGUCUCCACUUCAUCCUGAAGAAAAACCGAAGUCGCCAGAGAAGAAAGACGAAAAGAUCAUAGAUAAACCAGACGACAGUUCCAAGUCAGUCAUUGAGACUGUCAAGCCCAGUCCCAAAGAAUAUUCGGACGACGAAUCUGAUGACGAAAUAGAUAUCCCCAAACCACAAGACAAACCUAUUAGCCACCCAACUUCUUUGGUAACUUCUGUAACAGGUAGUGGGGACAAGUCUCCUCUUCAUCCUGAAGAAAAACCGAAGUCGCCUGAGAAGAAAGACGAAAAUGUCCUAGCUAAACCAGAUGACAGUUUCAAGUCUGUCAUUGAGACUGCUAAGCCCAGUCGCAAAGAAUAUUCAGACGACGAAUCUGAUGACGAAAUAGAUAUUCCCAAAACACAAGAAAAACCUAUUAGCCACCCAACUUCUUUGGUAACUUCUGUAACAGGAAGUGGGGACAAGUCUCCUCUUCAUCCUGAAGAAAAACCGAAGUCGCCUGAGAAGAAAGACGAAAAGGUCCUAGCUAAACCAGAUGACAGUUCCAAGUCUGUCAUUGAGACUGCUAAGCCCGACGAAUCUGGCGACGAAUCUGGUGACGAAAUAGAUAUUCCCAAACCACAAGACAAACCUAUUAGCCACCCAACUUCUUUGGUAACUUCUGUGACUGGUAGUGAGGAUAAGUCUCCACUUCAUCCUGAAGAGAACCCGAAGUCGCCUGAGAAGAAAGACGAAAAGGUCCUAGCGAAACCAGACGUCAGUUUCAAGCCAGUCAUUGAGACUGUUAAGCCCAGUCCCAAAGAAUAUUCGGACGACGAAUCUGAUGACGAAAUAGAUAUUCCCAAACCACAAGACAAACCUAUUAGCCACCCAACUACGUUGGUAACUUCUGUGACUGGUAGUGAGGAUAAGUCUCCUCUUCAUUCUGAAGAAAAAACAAAGUCACCUGAGAAGAAAGACGAAAAGGUCGUAGCUAAACCAGAUGACAGUUCCAAGUCUGUCAUUGAGACUGCUAAGCCCAGUCGCAAAGAAUAUUCGGACGACGAAUCUGAUGACGAAAUAGAUAUUCCCAAACCACAAGACAAACCUAUUAGCCACCCAACUUCUUUGCUAACUUCUGUGACUGGUAGUGAGGAUAAGUCUUUACUUCAUCCUGAAGAAAAACCGAAGUCGCCUGAGAAGAAAGACGAAAAGAUCAUAGAUAAACCAGACGACAGUUCCAAGUCAGUCAUUGAGACUGUCAAGCCCAGUCCCAAAGAAUAUUCGGACGACGAAUCUGAUGACGAAAUAGAUAUCCCCAAACCACAAGACAAACCUAUUAGCCACCCAACUUCUUUGGUAACUUCUGUAACAGGUAGUGGGGACAAGUCUCCUCUUCAUCCUGAAGAAAAACCGAAGUCGCCUGAGAAGAAAGACGAAAAGGUCCUAGCUAAACCAGAUGACAGUUUCAAGUCUGUCAUUGAGACUGCUAAGCCCAGUCGCAAAGAAUAUUCAGACGACGAAUCUGAUGACGAAAUAGAUAUUCCCAAACCACAAGAAAAACCUAUUAGCCACCCAACUUCUUUGGUAACUUCUGUGACAGGUAGUGAGGAUAAGUCUCCACUUCAUCCUGAAGAAAAACCGAAGUCGCCUGAGAAGAAAGACGAAAAGGUCCUAACGAAACCAGACGUCAGUUUCAAGCCAGUCAUUGAGACUGUUAAGCCCAGUCCCAAAGAAUAUUCGGACGACGAAUCUGGAGACGAAAUAGAUAUUCCCAAACCACAAGACAAACCUAUUAGCCACCCAACUUCUUUGGUAACUUCUGUGACUGGUAGUGAGGAUAAGUCUCCACUUCAUCCUGAAGAAAAACCGAAGUCGCCUGAAAAGAAAGACGAAAAGAUCAUAGAUAAACCAGACGACAGUUCCAAGUCAGUCAUUGAGACUGUUAAGCCCAGUCCCAAAGAAUAUUCGGACGACGAAUCUGAUGACGAAAUAGAUAUCCCCAAACCACAAGACAAACCUAUUAGCCACCCAACUUCUUUGGUAACUUCUGUAACAGGUUGUGGGGACAAGUAUACUCUUCAUCCUGAAGAAAAAACAAAGUCACCUGAGAAGAAAGACGAAAAGGUCGUAUCUAAACCAGAUGACAGUUACAAGUCUGUCAUUGAGACUGCUAAGCCUAGUCGCAAAGAAUAUUCGGACGACGAAUCUGAUGACGAAAUAGAUAUUCCCAAACCACAAGACAAACCUAUUAGCCACCCAACUACUUUGGUAACUUCUGUGACUGGUAGUGAGGAUAAGUCUCCUCUUCAUCCUGAAGAAAAACCGAAGUCGCCUGAGAAGAAAGACGAAAAGGUCCUAGCGAAACCAGACGUCAGUUUCAAGCCAGUCAUUGAGACUGUUAAGCCCAGUCCCAAAGAAUAUUCGGACGACGAAUCUGGAGACGAAAUAGAUAUUCCCAAACCACAAGACAAACCUAUUAGCCACCCAACUUCUUUGGUAACUUCUGUGACUGGUAGUGAGAAUAAGUCUCCACUUCAUCCUGAAGAGAACCCGAAGUCGCCUGAGAAGAAAGACGAAAAGGUCCUAGAUAAACUAGACGACAGUUCCAAGUCAGUCAUUGAGACUGUCAAGCCCAGUCCCAAAGACUAUUCGGACGACGAAUCUGAUGACGAAAUAGAUAGUCCCAAACCACAAGACAAACCUAUUAGCCACCCAACUUCUUUGGUAACUUCUGUAACAGGUAGUGGGGAAAAGUAUACUCUUCAUCCUGAAGAAAAAACAAAGUCACCUGAGAAGAAAGACGAAAAGGUCGUAGCUAAACCAGAUGACAGUUCCAAGUCUGUCAUUGAGACUGCUAAGCCCAGUCGCAAAGAAUAUUCGGACGACGAAUCUGAUGACGAAAUAGAUAUUCCCAAACCACAAGACAAACCUAUUAGCCACCCAACUUCUUUGGUAACUUCUGUAACAGGAAGUGGGGACAAGUCUCCUCUUCAUCCUGAAGAAAAACCGAAGUCGCCUGAGAAGAAAGACGAAAAGGUCCUAGGUAAACCAGAUGACAGUUCCAAGUCUGUCAUUGAGACUGCUAAGCCCAGUCGCAAAGAAUAUUCAGACGACGAAUCUGAUGACGAAAUAGAUAUUCCCAAACCACAAGAAAAACCUAUUAGCCACCCAACUUCUUUGGUAACUUCUGUGACUGGUAGUGAGGAUAAGUCUCCACUUCAUCCUGAAGAAAAACCAAAGUCGCCUGAGAAGAAAGACGAAAAGGUCCUAGCGAAACCAGACGUCAGUUUAAAGCCAGUCAUUGAGACUGUUAAGCCCAGUCCCAAAGAAUAUUCGGACGACGAAUCUGGAGACGAAAUAGAUAUUCCCAAACCACAAGACAAACCUAUUAGCCACCCAACUUCUUUGGUAACUUCUGUGACUGGUAGUGAGGAUAAGUCUCCACUUCAUCCUGAAGAGAAACCGAAGUCGCCUGAGAAGAAAGACGAAAAGAUCCUAGAUAAACUAGACGACAGUUCCAAGUCAGUCAUUGAGACUGUCAAGCCCAGUCCCAAAGAAUAUUCGGACGACGAAUCUGAUGACGAAAUAGAUAUUCCCAAACCACAAGACAAACCUAUUAGCCACCCAACUUCUUUGGUAACUUCUGUAACAGGUAGUGGGGAAAAGUAUACUCUUCAUCCUGAAGAAAAAACAAAGUCACCUGAGAAGAAAGACGAAAAGGUCGUAGCUAAACCAGAUGACAGUUCCAAGUCUGUCAUUGAGACUGCUAAGCCCAGUCGCAAAGAAUAUUCGGACGACGAAUCUGAUGACGAAAUAGAUAUUCCCAAACCACAAGACAAACCUAUUAGCCACCCAACUUCUUUGGUAACUUCUGUAACAGGUAGUGGGGAUAAGUCUCCUCUUCCUACUGAAAAAAAACCGAAGUCGCCUGAGAGGAAAGACGAAAAGAUCCUAGAUAAACCAGACGACAGUUCCAAGUCAGUCAUUGAGACUGUCAAGCCCAGUCCCAAAGAAUAUUCGGACGAAGAAUCUGAUGACGAAAUAGAUAUUCCCAAACCACAAGACAAACCUAUUAGCCACCCAACUUCUUUGGUAACUUCUGUAACAGGUAGUGGGGAUAAGUCUCCUCUUCCUACUGAAAAAAAACCGAAGUCGCCUGAGAGGAAAGACGAAAAGAUCAUAGAUAAACCAGACGACAGUUCCAAGUCAGUCAUUGAGACUGUCAAGCCCAGUCCCAAAGAAUAUUCGGACGACGAAUCUGAUGACGAAAUAGAUAUCCCCAAACCACAAGACAAACCUAUUAGCCACCCAACUUCUUUGGUUACUUCUGUAACAGGUAGUGGGGACAAGUAUACUCUUCAUCCUGAAGAAAAAACAAAGUCACCUGAGAAGAAAGACGAAAAGGUCGUAGCUAAACCAGAUGACAGUUCCAAGUCUGUCAUUGAGACUGCUAAGCCCAGUCGCAAAGAAUAUUCGGACGACGAAUCUGAUGACGAAAUAGAUAUUCCCAAACCACAAGACAAACCUAUUAGCCACCCAACUUCUUUGGUAACUUCUGUGACUGGUAGUGAGGAUAAGUCUCCACUUCAUCCUGAAGAAAAACCGAAGUCGCCUGAGAAGAAAGACGAAAAGGUCCUAGCGAAACCAGACGUCAGUUUCAAGCCAGUCAUUGAGACUGUUAAGCCCAGUCCCAAAGAAUAUUCGGACGACGAAUCUGAUGACGAAAUAGAUAUUCCCAAACCACAAGACAAACCUAUUAGCCACCCAACUACGUUGGUAACUUCUGUGACUGGUAGUGAGGAUAAGUCUCCUCUUCAUUCUGAAGAAAAAACAAAGUCACCUGAGAAGAAAGACGAAAAGGUCGUAGCUAAACCAGAUGACAGUUCCAAGUCUGUCAUUGAGACUGCUAAGCCCAGUCGCAAAGAAUAUUCGGACGACGAAUCUGAUGACGAAAUAGAUAUUCCCAAACCACAAGACAAACCUAUUAGCCACCCAACUACUUUGGUAACUUCUGUGACUGGUAGUGAGGAUAAGUCUCCUCUUCAUUCUGAAGAAAAACCGAAGUCGCCUGAGAAGAAAGACGAAAAGGUCCUAGCUAAACCAGAUGACAGUUUCAAGUCUGUCAUUGAGACUGCUAAGCCCAGUCGCAAAGAAUAUUCAGACGACGAAUCUGAUGACGAAAUAGAUAUUCCCAAACCACAAGAAAAACCUAUUAGCCACCCAACUUCUUUGGUAACUUCUGUAACAGGUAGUGGGGACAAGUAUACUCUUCAUCCUGAAGAAAAAACAAAGUCACUUGAGAAGAAAGACGAAAAGGUCGUAGCUAAACCAGAUGACAGUUCCAAGUCUGUCAUUGAGACUGCUAAGCCCAGUCGCAAAGAAUAUUCGGACGACGAAUCUGAUGACGAAAUAGAUAUUCCCAAACCACAAGACAAACCUAUUAGCCACCCAACUUCUUUGGUAACUUCUGUAACAGGUAGUGGGAACAAGUCUCCUCUUCAUCCUGAAGAAAAACCGAAGUCGCCUGAGAAGAAAGACGAAAAGGUCCUAGCGAAACCAGACGUCAGUUUCAAGCCAGUCAUUGAGACUGUUAAGCCCAGUCCCAAAGAAUAUUCGGACGACGAAUCUGAUGACGAAAUAGAUAUUCCCAAACCACAAGACAAACCUAUUAGCCACCCAACUACGUUGGUAACUUCUGUGACUGGUAGUGAGGAUAAGUCUCCUCUUCAUUCUGAAGAAAAAACAAAGUCACCUGAGAAGAAAGACGAAAAGGUCGUAGCUAAACCAGAUGACAGUUCCAAGUCUGUCAUUGAGACUGCUAAGCCCAGUCGCAAAGAAUAUUCGGACGACGAAUCUGAUGACGAAAUAGAUAUUCCCAAACCACAAGACAAACCUAUUAGCCACCCAACUUCUUUGGUAACUUCUGUGACUGGUAGUGAGGAUAAGUCUCCACUUCAUCCUGAAGAAAAACCGAAGUCGCCUGAGAAGAAAGACGAAAAGGUCCUAGCGAAACCAGACGUCAGUUUCAAGCCAGUCAUUGAGACUGUUAAGCCCAGUCCCAAAGAAUAUUCGGACGACGAAUCUGAUGACGAAAUAGAUAUUCCCAAACCACAAGACAAACCUAUUAGCCACCCAACUACGUUGGUAACUUCUGUGACUGGUAGUGAGGAUAAGUCUCCUCUUCAUUCUGAAGAAAAAACAAAGUCACCUGAGAAGAAAGACGAAAAGGUCGUAGCUAAACCAGAUGACAGUUCCAAGUCUGUCAUUGAGACUGCUAAGCCCAGUCGCAAAGAAUAUUCGGACGACGAAUCUGAUGACGAAAUAGAUAUUCCCAAACCACAAGACAAACCUAUUAGCCACCCAACUACUUUGGUAACUUCUGUGACUGGUAGUGAGGAUAAGUCUCCUCUUCAUUCUGAAGAAAAACCGAAGUCGCCUGAGAAGAAAGACGAAAAGGUCCUAGCUAAACCAGAUGACAGUUUCAAGUCUGUCAUUGAGACUGCUAAGCCCAGUCGCAAAGAAUAUUCAGACGACGAAUCUGAUGACGAAAUAGAUAUUCCCAAGCCACAAGAAAAACCUAUUAGCCACCCAACUUCUUUGGUAACUUCUGUGACUGGUAGUGAGGAUAAGUCUCCACUUCAUCCUGAAGAGAAACCGAAGUCGCCUGAGAAGAAAGACGAAAAGGUCCUAGCGAAACCAGACGUCAGUUUCAAGCCAAUCAUUGAGACUGUUAAGCCCAGUCCCAAAGAAUAUUCGGACGAAGAAUCUGGAGACGAAAUAGAUAUUCCCAAACAACAAGACAAACCUAUUAACCACCCAACUUCUUUGGUAACUUCUGUGACUGGUAGUGAGGAUAAGUCUCCACUUCAUCCUGAAGAGAACCCGAAGUCGCCUAAGAAGAAAGACGAAAAGGUCCUAGAUAAACUAGACGACAGUUCCAAGUCAGUCAUUGAGACUGUCAAGCCCAGUCCCAAAGAAUAUUCGGACGACGAAUCUGGAGACGAAAUAGAUAUUCCCAAACCACAAGACAAACCUAUUAGCCACCCAACUUCUUUGGUAACUUCUGUGACUGGUAGUGAGGAUAAGUCUCCACUUCAUCCUGACGAGAAACCGAAGUCGCCUGAGAAGAAAGACGAAAAGAUCCUAGAUAAACUAGACGACAGUUCCAAGUCAGUCAUUGAGACUGUCAAGCCCAGUCCCAAAGAAUAUUCGGACGACGAAUCUGGAGACGAAAUAGAUAUUCCCAAGUCACAAGAUAAACCUAUUAGCCACCCAACUUCUUUGGUAACUUCUGUAACAGGUAGUGGGGAUAAGUCUCCUUUUCCUACUGAAAAAAAAGCGAAGUCGCCUGAGAGGAAAGACGAAAAGAUCCUAGAUAAACCAGACGACAGUUCCAAGUCAGUCAUUGAGACUGUCAAGCCCAGUCCCAAAGAAUAUUCGGACGAAGAAUCUGAUGACGAAAUAGAUAUUCCCAAACCACAAGACAAACCUAUUAGCCACCCAACUUCUUUGGUAACUUCUGUAACAGGUAGUGGGGAUAAGUCUCCUCUUCCUACUGAAAAAAAACCGAAGUCGCCUGAGAGGAAAGACGAAAAGAUCCUAGAUAAAACAGACGACAGUUCCAAGUCAGUCAUUGAGACUGUCAAGCCCAGUCCCAAAGAAUAUUCGGACGACGAAUCUGAUGACGAAAUAGAUAUUUCCAAACCACAAGACAAACCCAUUAGCCACCCAACUUCUUUGGUAACUUCUGUAACAGGUAGUGGGAAUAAGUCUCCUCUUCAUCCUGAAGAAAAACCGAAGUCGCCUGAGAGGAAAGACGAAAAUGUCCUAGCUAAACCAGACGACAGUUCCAAGUCAGUCAUUGAGACUAUUAAGCCCAGUCUACCUAUUUUAAAAGAGUAUUCGGACGAUGAAAGUGAGGAGGAGUUUGAAAUUACUAAGCCUUACGACAAGCCUGAUAGUCACCCAAUAUCUUUGGUAACUUCUGUAGCAGGUCUUGGGGAAAAAUCUCCUCUUCAUCCUGAAGAAAAAACAAAGUCACCCGAGAUGAAAGACGAAAAGGUCCUAGCUAAACCAGAUGACAGUUUCAAGUCUAUCAUUGAGACUGUUACGCCCAGUCCCAAAGAAUAUUCGGACGACGAAUCUGAUGACGAAAUAGAUAUCCCCAAACCACAAGACAAACCUAUUAGCUACCCCACUUCUUUGGUAACUUCUGUAACAGGAAGUGGGGAGAAGUCUCCUCUUCAUUCUGAAGAAAAAACAAAGUCGCCUGAGAAGAAAGACGAAAAGGUUCUAGCGAAACCAGACGACAGUUUCAAGUCUGUCAUUGAGACUGCUAAGCCCAGUCCCAAAGAAUAUUCAGACGACGAAUCUGAUGACGAAAUAGAUAUUCCCAAACCACAAGAAAAACCUAUUAGCCACCCAACUUCUUUGGUAACUUCUGUGACUGGUAGUGAGGAUAAGUCUCCACUUCAUCCUGAAGAAAAACCGAAGUCGCCUGAAAAGAAAGACGAAAAGAUCAUAGAUAAACCAGACGACAGUUCCAAGUCAGUCAUUGAGACUGUUAAGCCCAGUCCCAAAGAAUAUUCGGACGACGAAUCUGAUGACGAAAUAGAUAUCCCCAAACCACAAGACAAACCUAUUAGCCACCCAACUUCUUUGGUAACUUCUGUAACAGGUUGUGGGGACAAGUAUACUCUUCAUCCUGAAGAAAAAACAAAGUCACCUGAGAAGAAAGACGAAAAGGUCGUAUCUAAACCAGAUGACAGUUACAAGUCUGUCAUUGAGACUGCUAAGCCCAGUCGCAAAGAAUAUUCGGACGACGAAUCUGAUGACGAAAUAGAUAUUCCCAAACCACAAGACAAACCUAUUAGCCACCCAACUUCUUUGGUAACUUCUGUAACAGGUAGUGGGGACAAGUCUCCUCUUCAUCCUGAAGAAAAACCGAAGUCGCCUGAGAGGAAAGACGAAAAGGUCCUAGCUAAACCAGAUGACAGUUUCAAGUCUGUCAUUGAGACUGCUAAGCCCAGUCGCAAAGAAUAUUCAGACGACGAAUCUGAUGACGAAAUAGAUAUUCCCAAACCACAAGAAAAACCUAUUAGCCACCCAACUUCUUUGGUAACUUCUGUGACUGGAAGUGAGGAUAAGUCUCCACUUCAUCCUGAAGAAAAACCGAAGUCGCCUGAGAAGAAAGUCGAAAAGGUCCUAGCGAAACCAGACGACAGUUUCAAGCCAGUCAUUGAGACUGUUAAGCCCAGUCCCAAAGAAUAUUCGGACGACGAAUCUGGUGACGAAAUAGAUAUUCCCAAACAUCAAGACAAACCUAUUAGCCACCCAACUUCUUUGGUAACUUCUGUAACAGGUAGUGGGGAAAAGUAUACUCUUCAUCCUGAAGAAAAAGAGAAGUCGCCUGAGAAGAAAGACGAAAAGGUCCUAGCGAAACCAGACGACAGUUUCAAGCCAGUCAUUGAGACUGUUAAGCCCAGUCCCAAAGAAUAUUCGGACGACGAAUCUGAUGACGAAAUAGAUAUUCCCAAACCACAAGACAAACCUAUUAGCCACCCAACUACUUUGGUAACUUCUGUGACUGGUAGUGAGGAUAAGUCUCCUCUUCAUCCUGAAGAAAAACCGAAGUCGCCUGAGAAGAAAGACGAAAAGAUCCUAGAUAAACCAGACGAUAGUUCCAAGUCAGUCAUUGAGACUGUCAAGCCCAGUCCCAAAGAAUAUUCGGACGACGAAUCUGAUGACGAAAUAGAUAUUCCCAAACCACAAGACAAACCUAUUAGCCACCCAACUUCUUUGGUAACUUCUGUAACAGGUAGUGGGGACAAGUCUCCUCUUCAUCCUGAAGAAAAACCGAAGUCGCCUGAGAGGAAAGACGAAAAGGUCCUAGCUAAACCAGAUGACAGUUUCAAGUCUGUCAUUGAGACUGCUAAGCCCAGUCGCAAAGAAUAUUCAGACGACGAAUCUGAUGACGAAAUAGAUAUUCCCAAACCACAAGAAAAACCUAUUAGCCACCCAACUUCUUUGGUAACUUCUGUGACUGGUAGUGAGGAUAAGUCUCCACUUCAUCCUGAAGAAAAACCGAAGUCGCCUGAGAAGAAAGACGAAAAGGUCCUAGCGAAACCAGACGACAGUUUCAAGCCAGUCAUUGAGACUGUUAAGCCCAGUCCCAAAGAAUAUUCGGACGACGAAUCUGGUGACGAAAUAGAUAUUCCCAAACAUCAAGACAAACCUAUUAGCCACCCAACUUCUUUGGUAACUUCUGUGACUGGUAGUGAGGAUAAGUCUCCACUUCAUCCUGAAGAGAAACCGAAGUCGCCUGAGAAGAAAGACGAAAAGAUCUUAGAUAAACCAGACGACAGUUCCAAGUCAGUCAUUGAGACUGUCAAGCCCAGUCCCAAAGAAUAUUCGGACGCCGAAUCUGAUGACGAAAUAGAUAUUCCCAAACCACAAGACAAACCUAUUAGCCACCCAACUUCUUUGGUAACUUCUGUAACAGGUAGUGGGGAAAAGUAUACUCUUCAUCCUGAAGAAAAAACAAAGUCACCUGAGAAGAAAGACGAAAAGGUCGUAGCUAAACCAGAUGACAGUUCCAAGUCUGUCAUUGAGACUGCUAAGCCCAGUCGCAAAGAAUAUUCGGACGACGAAUCUGAUGACGAAAUAGAUAUUCCCAAACCACAAGACAAACCUAUUAGCCACCCAACUUCUUUGGUAACUUCUGUAACAGGUAGUGGGGACAAGUCUCCUCUUCAUCCUGAAGAAAAACCGAAGUCGCCUGAGAAGAAAGACGAAGAGGUCCUAGCUAAACCAGAUGACAGUUCCAAGUCUGUCAUUGAGACUGCUAAGCCCAGUCGCAAAGAAUAUUCAGACGACGAAUCUGAUGACGAAAUAGAUAUUCCCAAACCACAAGAAAAACCUAUUAGCCACCCAACUUCUUUGGUAACUUCUGUGACUGGUAGUGAGGAUAAGUCUCCACUUCAUCCUGAAGAAAAAGAGAAGUCGCCUGAGAAGAAAGACGAAAAGGUCCUAGCGAAACCAGACGACAGUUUCAAGCCAGUCAUUGAGACUGUUAAGCCCAGUCCCAAAGAAUAUUCGGACGACGAAUCUGAUGACGAAAUAGAUAUUCCCAAACCACAAGACAAACCUAUUAGCCACCCAACUACUUUGGUAACUUCUGUGACUGGUAGUGAGGAUAAGUCUCCACUUCAUCCUGAAGAAAAAGAGAAGUCGCCUGAGAAGAAAGACGAAAAGAUCCUAGAUAAACCAGACGAUAGUUCCAAGUCAGUCAUUGAGACUGUCAAGCCCAGUCCCAAAGAAUAUUCGCACGACGAAUCUGACGACGAAAUAGAUAUCCCCAAACCACAAGACAAACCUAUUAGCUACCCCACUUCUUUUGUAACUUCUGUAAGAGGUAGUGGGGACAAGUCUCCUCUUCAUCCUGAAGAAAAACCGAAGUCGCCUGAGAAGAAAGACGAAAAGAUCCUAGAUCAACCAGACGACUGUUCCAAGUCAGUCAUUGAGACUGUCAAGCCCAGUCCCAAAGAAUAUUCGGACGACGAAUCUGAUGACGAAAUAGAUAUUCCCAAAACACAAGACAAACCUAUUAGCCACCCAACUUCUUUGGUAACUUCUCUAACAGGUAGUGGGGACAAGUCUCCACUUCAUCCUGAAGAAAAAACAAAGUCACCUGAGAAGAAAGACGAAAAGGUCGAAGCUAAACCAGAUGACAGUUCCAAGUCUGUCAUUGAGACUGCUAAGCCCAGUCCCAAAGAAUAUUCGGACGACGAAUCUGAUGACGAAAUAGAUAUUCCCAAACCACAAGACAAACCUUAUAGCCACCCAACUACUUUGGUAACUUCUGUGACUGGUAGUGAGGAUAAGUCUCCUCUUCAUCCUGAAGAAAAACCGAAGUCGCCUGAGAAGAAAGACGAAAAGAUCCUAGAUAAACCAGACGACAGUUCCAAGUCAGUCAUUGAGACUGUCAAGCCCAGUCCCAAAGAAUAUUCGGACGACGAAUCUGAUGACGAAAUAGAUAUCCCCAAACCACAAGACAAACCUAUUAGCUACCCCACUUCUUUGGUAACUUCUGUAACAGGUAGUGGGGAGAAGUCUCCUCUUCAUCCUGAAGAAAAACCGAAGUCGCCUGAGAAGAAAGACGAAAAGAUCCUAGAUAAACCAGACGAUAGUUCCAAGUCAGUCAUUGAGACUGUCAAGCCCAGUCCCAAAGAAUAUUCGGACGACGAAUCUGAUGACGAAAUAGAUAUUCCCAAACCACAAGACAAACCUAUUAGCCACCCAACUUCUUUGGUAACUUCUGUAACAGGUAGUGGGGACAAGUCUCCCCUUCAUCCUGAAGAAAAACCGAAGUCGCCUGAGAGGAAAGACGAAAAGGUCCUAGCUAAACCAGAUGACAGUUUCAAGUCUGUCAUUGAGACUGCUAAGCCCAGUCGCAAAGAAUAUUCAGACGACGAAUCUGAUGACGAAAUAGAUAUUCCCAAACCACAAGAAAAACCUAUUAGCCACCCAACUUCUUUGGUAACUUCUGUGACUGGUAGUGAGGAUAAGUCUCCACUUCAUCCUGAAGAAAAACCGAAGUCGCCUGAGAAGAAAGACGAAAAGGUCCUAGCGAAACCAGACGACAGUUUCAAGCCAGUCAUUGAGACUGUUAAGCCCAGUCCCAAAGAAUAUUCGGACGACGAAUCUGGUGACGAAAUAGAUAUUCCCAAACCACAAGACAAACCUAUUAGCCACCCAACUUCUUUGGUAACUUCUGUGACUGGUAGUGAGGAUAAGUCUCCACUUCAUCCUGAAGAGAAACCGAAGUCGCCUGAGAAGAAAGACGAAAAGAUCUUAGAUAAACCAGACGACAGUUCCAAGUCAGUCAUUGAGACUGUCAAGCCCAGUCCCAAAGAAUAUUCGGACGCCGAAUCUGAUGACGAAAUAGAUAUUCCCAAACCACAAGACAAACCUAUUAGCCACCCAACUUCUUUGGUAACUUCUGUAACAGGUAGUGGGGAAAAGUAUACUCUUCAUCCUGAAGAAAAAACAAAGUCACCUGAGAAGAAAGACGAAAAGGUCGUAGCUAAACCAGAUGACAGUUCCAAGUCUGCCAUUGAGACUGCUAAGCCCAGUCGCAAAGAAUAUUCGGACGACGAAUCUGAUGACGAAAUAGAUAUUCCCAAACCACAAGACAAACCUAUUAGCCACCCAACUUCUUUGGUAACUUCUGUAACAGGUAGUGGGGACAAGUCUCCUCUUCAUCCUGAAGAAAAACCGAAGUCGCCUGAGAAGAAAGACGAAGAGGUCCUAGCUAAACCAGAUGACAGUUCCAAGUCUGUCAUUGAGGCUGCUAAGCCCAGUCGCAAAGAAUAUUCAGACGACGAAUCUGAUGACGAAAUAGAUAUUCCCAAACCACAAGAAAAACCUAUUAGCCACCCAACUUCUUUGGUAACUUCUGUGACUGGUAGUGAGGAUAAGUCUCCACUUCAUCCUGAAGAGAAACCGAAGUCGCCUGAGAAGAAAGACGAAAAGAUCCUAGAUAAACCAGACGACUGUUCCAAGUCAGUCAUUGAGACUGUCAAGCCCAGUCCCAAAGAAUAUUCGGACGACGAAUCUGAUGACGAAAUAGAUAUUCCCAAAACACAAGACAAACCUAUUAGCCACCCAACUUCUUUGGUAACUUCUCUAACAGGUAGUGGGGACAAGUCUCCACUUCAUCCUGAAGAAAAAACAAAUCCCAAAGAAUAUUCGGACGACGAAUCUGAUGACGAAAUAGAUAUUCCCAAACCACAAGACAAACCUUAUAGCCACCCAACUUCUUUGGUAACUUCUGUGACUGGUAGUGAGGAUAAGUCUCCACUUCAUCCUGAAGAGAAACCGAAGUCGCCUGAGAAGAAAGACGAAAAGAUCCUAGAUAAACCAGACGACUGUUCCAAGUCAGUCAUUGAGACUGUCAAGCCCAGUCCCAAAGAAUAUUCGGACGACGAAUCUGAUGACGAAAUAGAUAUCCCCAAACCACAAGACAAACCUAUUAGCUACCCCACUUCUUUGGUAACUUCUGUAACAGGUAGUGGGGAGAAGUCUCCUCUUCAUCCUGAAGAAAAACCGAAGUCGCCUGAGAAGAAAGACGAAAAGAUCCUAGAUAAACCAGACGACAGUGCCAAGUCAGUCAUUGAGACUGUCAAGCCCAGUCCCAAAGAAUAUUCGGACGACGAAUCUGAUGACGAAAUAGAUAUCCCCAAACCACAAGACAAACCUAUUAGCCACCCAACUUUGUUGGUAACUUCUGUGACUGGUAGUGAGGAUAAGUCUCCUCUUCAUACUGAAGAAAAGCCAAAGUCGCCUGAGAAGAAGGACCAAAAGGGCCUAGCUAAACCAGACGACAGUUCCAAGUCACUCAUAGUGACUAUUAAGCCCAGUCUAGUGGAAUAUUGCGACUAUGAAGGUGAUACCAAAAUUGAUACUAAGCCUAUGUCUGGCAUAUGUCCUAAUAUAAAUACACCCAUUAUGUCAGACGAAAAUUCAACUCCAGAUCAAACAAAUUCAAAAUCAGCAAACACUAGUGAAGCAACUGUAGAUACCCAGACAUUUAACCCAAUAGCCGAGUCUGUUGGUCAUAUGGCAUUGGUAACUUAUUCUGGGGAAAAGUCAAAUGCAAUUAACGUCAUUGCACAGAAAUCUCAGACUCAGGAAAGCUAUUUAGAUCAUCGUGCUGGCUUUGAUUUGGUUUCUGGUUCUAAAGAAAAUAGGUCUGUUCAACAGAUUGUGGAGGAUACCAUCAGGGCUGGUAAUGCUGAGGUAAAAAAAAUUGUUGACGAAACACUCAAAAGUGUUCAGAAAACCAGAAAUAUUAAAGAUCAGGUAGUAGACGAAGGUCGUUCAGUUGAACAAAUAGUUGAAGACACUCUUAAGAAUGCUAAGUUUAUUCCUGAUAUUCCUACAGAAGAUAAACUCUGUAGCCCUCAGUUAAAAGUAACUAAUGCACAAGAAGUUCGUCCGGUUGCUUACUUUGUAAAUUUAGACGAUGAACAGAAAUUAAUAGCUCCAGUUAAAAAGGCACCAGCUAGAGCACAAUCGAAAAAAAUAAUUAAGUCAAAGACAGGGAAAAUAUUAGAGGAGGCUUCUGCAAAAUCGACAAAUAAGUCAACUAUUAGCAAAAGGACACUUGCGGUUAGGGAAAAGCCUAGUCCCAAACCAGUUUCUCCAGCAAAGACGACUACUGUCAAACAAACUCCGAUUAGAAAAAUAGUAACCAUGGACAAAUCAAAACAAUCAAAUAAGACCGAGUCACGACGUUCAGUUACAAGCUCUACUUCAACAACCACCAGUUCAGCGUCCGCUACUAGUCGCGUGAUAAGUGAAAUACACUUUGAGAGAUCAUCAAGUCCGGCUUCAAGUUCCAUUUUCUACGAAAGCAAACCGCAAGGUGAAGGCAGUCGUUCUACCACACCAAGACCAAGGGUUAAGACAGACGUCACACGAAUUCCCUACAAUACCUCACCUCGAUCGUUUAGUCCACAGCUUAAGACCGCAAAAGCAGGCAAGAAAGUCGUAAACCAAACUAAAACCACUGUCACUCGAUCUACUAAAGAGCUUACAGAAAAAAGUUCCAAAAAGACUGAGCGAACCGUCAGCCAAGAGCACGUUGAGAAGCGGAAAACUCCGACACCGUCUGCCACCCACAGAUACAUGCAACCCACCCUGGCCCACAGCAUGAGGUACGGUUUGAGUGGCGAAGGCGACAUUGGCCAGAGUGUCUCCACGGCACCCCCAAAGUCGCCGGCACCACCCAAAUCGCCAGCUCCGGCCCUAACUAAAAGUACCCGAAAAACACAAACUGCUACAAGUGCCUUGACAAAGUCCACAACCCAAAUAACGAAACAAAAAAACUCGAUUGCUGAAAAGAAACCAGCACAGCCCCGUUCCCAGAUUAAAAGAGGCUCACAGAGCGAUAGCAAGGAAUCCCUAAUGAAAAGCACCGACCGCCUAUACAAACGACAAACAUCCAAGGAAAAUAAACUAGCAAACGUGAUAGGCUCAAAGAGCCAAGCAACCAAAAGCAUGAAGACACAAUCAGCUAAUUCAGCCAUGAAACUUGUCUACAAAACUUCCAUAGAAACCGACAACAAGCUUCUGACGAAGACCACAGCCACUAUACAGCGCACCAAAGUUCCGAUUAGCGUGUCUUCCAGUGCAAGGACUGCAGCAAAGCUAAGCAAGAGUGAUGACACCGUCAAGAGACCUCAGGUAGACAAUAAGAAACCAGUAAAGCGAACGGUAAGCAAAGUAAGUGAAUCCAGUGGCACCAUGACCACCACAGCAACAUCGACCAGAACCGUGCAUAGCUCCAUGGAGCCAAAGCUGCAAAAGAAGAUGAAGGACACGAUGAACGAGUCGAGUUCGAACUCGGGAAGCGGCACCACCAGUGCCAGCGGUUCUUCAAAUAGCACACGACGAAGUGUGCGAUCCGUUAGCACGGCUAGCCGCAAAACGGACAAGGACUUGACCAACAUCCGGCGAGCAAGUGGAGCGGUUGUUUCGACAUCGACCGUACGGGUGCAUCGGGAACCAACAGCAACCACCAGCGCUGUUAGCACCGUGCUCGUUGAUGACGACUGUGAGGUGAUAACCAUACGUUCCAUUAAAUCAAGCGAUAGUACAAAAAGUUCUACCUCAUCAUCCUCCGGUAGCGGCAGCAACAGUCGCAAGGUGCUAACCAGCGAGGUGUUCACUAAAACCUUCGGCCCCGACAAGCCGCUCGAGGUGGUCUAUCGACAGCCAGAAUUUGAUGUAGAACACCACACGAUCAUGUCUGUGCGCCCGCCCUCCACGACAAGCAGCGAUCAGAGAUGCAUUAACGAGUUCGAUGUCAGUUUCAUCGACACCACCGACUCCAGUCUCUCGGAUUCUGUUGCCUUACCCAUGCUAGGCUCCGGUGAUCCUGAUCGUCUGCUGGCCGCCAGUCCCGGCUCGCCCAAACCCACUCGCAGCCCCCUGGCCCUUAUUGAGGAGACCCUGCGCCGCCAGCAACAGCACCACCAUCAGCAACACCACCACCACAGUAGCGGUGCUAUUGCUGCUGCCCUUGAUCCUUCUCUGCCGAUGCCAGUGGCUUUUGGACAGAGUCAACUGGAGGCGGAGGUAGGGGUGGAGAAGGGCAGCACUUCCAAAGAAACCCUUCAGGAAAAAAAAGUAGACGUAUUCAGUCUGGAUACCGCAAAGAUCUCACAUGAAAUUGGUGAUGUUAAAGUUGGUGGUGGUGAUGAUGAUAGUGAUGGCGAUGGCGAUAGCGGAGAUCUUGUUGCACGCAUUCGCGAGGAAGCCAAUAUUCUGGUGGAUCGCGUGCUCGAAGAAAGUGUCGAGAUCAUUGAGAGUCACGGCCAUCAGGCCAAUGGCCAUGAGAUCGCUAAGCUGGACUACAACUCAGAAAGUGAGAACUAUGCCAUAACAUGCGACGAUAUCAGCGGCGUCGAUGUUAUCAAAUCGCCCACCAUUGAGUCCAUGUCGGGCAAGUCGUUUGACGACAACAUGAGCUUCACCGACGAGCACAUACAUUUACCCUUGCAUGCCCAGAACACGACCACCACCAUGACAACGACAAUUACCACUCAGUUCCAACAGCAGCAGUCCCAGUCUGCUGUCCCAAGUACAUCGGCGGCAAAAGAUCCGGUUCCAGUUCUCGAAUCCGUACCCGUAUCAUUUCCAGUAGAGAGUAGUCGAUGUCAGGCGGAAGACGAGAGUGAAACGAGAGCCAGGCGCAUUGAUCGAAAGAUCGAGAAACUAUCCACCGACAUGGACGAUGUAAGCGCCAGGUUCGAUGAGGCGUUUGAGAUGUCGGUGCCCGAGGACGAGAUCAGCGCCCUGCAGGGCGACUUUUCCAAACUUAGCUGGGAUGAAAGCGUUUCCCCCACGACCAACACCAUGGCCGAUAUGGCACAAAACCAAAUUACUCCCGAUAACGAUAUCCAAGAUCUCAUCGCAGAAACAGGCGGCGAUUUACCAAACUCAAGUGAAACCGAUACCACUCCCGUACCACCGUCGAAAGAAUCGGAAACCAAAACCGAAACUGAGCCGACGGUAAUAACCAAUGCCUUCACUUCCACCAGCCACGAUACACCCACACCAAAACCAAGAGUACUCAAAGCAAGCUCCCCCGUCUCCGAAGGCACUGAUAGCACUACCAUCCCUGGCCCAGUGCCGAAGCCCGAAAUACCGAUUGAUAUUAGUUUUGAUGCCGCCGCACCGGUUCCAAAGCCCCGUGCUCCUAUUAAGCACACGGAACCAUUUGAAAACCUGGCUGCCCUAGCUGAACAGUCUGAUAGCAUUAGUCUGAGGAGCUUCGAGCUUACAGAGGACAUUUCCAAGACGGACGAGCCCUCCACAGAGCUCUCCAUUCGAUCCCAGUUGCGGGACAUAGUCACAACCACCACCACUGCUUCGGAGGAUCACACCGAAAGCUUCGAGCCAACGAGUGAGAUUUCCGUCGAUGAUGCCGACACUGAAAAAUCAGAGGGUGCCGAAAAGACCACUAGCUUUUAUAUUGGGGAAUCCAGUCGUAAUGUUAUCAUCAAGACAUCGACACGCUCUGCAAGUAUUACACCGCAAGAAGAGGAAGCUCAGGGCGAAAUUGGCAUUGAUGCUAAAGAUAUUUCCUUAAUGAAGGAGGUAUCCGUUGACUCGGACGAAGCCAACGACGUUUUCAAGGAGUUCAUCACGAUGAAGCCCGAAGAUCCUACUGCAAUGGACAGCAAGAUAACCAGACAAGGCUCGGAAACUCGGAAUGACAUACUCGAAUUCGAGAAUGCUGAUAAGGACAAGACUGCAGAGCAAAAGAUGUCCAAAGUAACGACCGAGGAGAGUUUAACCACAUCCACCGGCUCCAGUGGUCGAGCCCUCAUUGAAAUUGCUCCUUCGAGCAGCGAAGAUCCCGAUGAGUCCAGUAAGGAAAUUCCGGAAAUUGUAAAUACAAUCUCUGAGAAGGCAGCCUCAACUGAAAGAUUUGAAUUGCCCUUAGAAAAAAGUGAGUGGGAAACAUCAGAAAAAGAAAUCCCAACUGCGGGCAAACAAAAAGUAGUUCACUCGCCUCAACAACCUCAAGAAACCAGCAUGCAGAGUACGCUUGAUAAGUUUCUCGUAGAUGAAAUCCUGGAGGAAGAGCACAGCACUGAGGAUAAGGAGCUUAAAGACUUAAUCCAGGGGACCUCUUCCGAACUUGAAUCGAGUAGCUUGCCUCAGGGAUUCUCUUUUGCUGGUGAGAGCGAGGACAUCUCAUCAUUCAUUGGCAUACCCGAAACAAGCAUGCAGACUUCCACUUUGGAUAGUACUCAGCCACCAGAAGGUCUGUUCGACACCACAAUCAAGGAGACCCUUAAUAAACAAGCGGCAAUGGCCCAUUAUGCCCACGAUGUCUUUGGCAGGGGAGAAAGACGUGAUGACCACGGCUCGCUAGGUUUCAUUUCCACCGGCACAGCCGAGGAGUUGAGCUCCAUGGAAGAACACUUGGCAAAGGAGGAACAAGCCUCAUUGGGCUUUAUUUCUACUGAAACCGCCGAGGAUUUCAGCUCCAUGGAAGAUUAUUAUUCUGAGAAAUUGGCCGUCGCAAGUGUCGUUGGUGAUGAGGCUGCAACCGAAAAAUCAAUUACAACAAGCACUUUUGAAGAGCUCUCGUCUGAUCAAUCCAUGAAGCCAAUUGAUGCUGUGGUUCAUCGACUUAAAACCGAGACGUCGCCGGACUCCAUUAACCGCUGGUCUAUUCCCGAUGUAGACACCUCUAGCUCAAGCGAGAGCUUCCACCGAAGCUUCGAUAAGACUCAAAGUCGACCUUUGUCCUCAGACUUGGAUAACCUUGUGACCACCACAGGCACUGGUACCUCAAGCGAGUACCAAACCGCGCGGGAAUUCACCACCACUGGUCGCACAGAUGGAACCGAAUAUAUUAGUGCAGUCAGCACCCUCGGAAGCAGUAGCUUAGAUUCACAGUCGGAGACUUCGGCCAAUUUGGCCAGCAUUGAUGUGUCCGAGCUGUCGGAGACAUUGGUGGCCUCCUCUGCCGAUGUCGACGCAUUUGAGGCCGAAGAGAUGUCGCGUCUGGGCGAUCUGAGAGCCGAUGACGAGGACAGUGAUGAGAGUGUAGAGCUGCCAGGAACUGCUUAUCCAACCAGCGAACAGCAGAGCCUCAUGAAGCGCUCCCAGGAAAUGAUUUUCAAGCCAAAAACCCAGGACGAGGAGUCCUUGCCCGUUCAGGUUGCGCAAAUCGAGGAAUAUCCUAAGGCCAAGGAGGCGGAGCGCACCUGGGGCCUGGCCUAUCCCUUGGAGGAUAGCAAGGUGGAUAGUCCGCGGGAGAGUGAAAAAGGCGAGGACAUCCUCUUGUAUCACGCAGAUCCACGUCGGUCCAUUGACGAGUCCAAGCUGGCCUCUAGCCUUGACGAAGGCAGUAUUCUUUCCGUGAGCAUGUCAAGCACUUCUAACAUUGAUACUGUUGUAGAAAACUUUGAUGAUAUUAUUGGAUCUGCCGGAUCUUCUUCGUUGACCGGCAUCGAGGGUUUCCAGUACGGCCAUGAUGAGUCUAUUCCAUCUGCCUCAGUGCCCGAAGACGCCACAUUUAUGCUGGAAAUGGAGAGCAAAGAACAUUCCCCACAGGAUUCGAAUGCCAGUACUCCUCCAGGCGGGGAAUCAAAACGCCGGGGUCACAAGCGUAAUGAGAGCAUUUCGGGAGAUGCCUUGAAAAACUUGGACAAGGAGGUUGCAUUACUGGGCGAAGGCAAGGAAUCAGAAAGCGAAUCUGACACAGAUCCCUACGAAUCGGAAUAUGCCCGCCAGUUCCGUUCCCCCAAAGAACGAAAGAGCAAAAAGAAGAAGCAGGCGGCAGCCGAAAUGGAUCAUAGUGGCGAACUGGAAAAGCGUCCAUUUACACCAUCCCAGUUGGUAGCCGAGGUUAUUGUGGAGGACAGCGUCACCGAGGAGCUAGAGGCGGAGGCAGCAAUGAUCGAGGAGCGCCGUCCUUCCCAGAAUAUGCAGGACUAUUCAAACAUACCCGACAUUAUGGUCACGGAAGACAUCAAAUCGCCCAUCCUGGAGGAAGAGACCGACGAGUUCCCCGAAAAGAUGCUCUACAAAGUGCGUACCGAGGAGGAAUUGCACAAGGCAAGCGACACCUCGGUAUAUCAGAAGGCCAAGGCCGAGGAGAAGGAGCAGGACUUUCAACGACGGGUGCAGGAACAAUACCGUCAGAAGCUCGAGGAAUUGAAGCGCGCUGAAGUGGGAGCUGAAUACGAUGAUCGCAAGGCUCCCGAUUCACCAGACUCCUUUGAAAUGGUCGAACAACCCGAUAUCUCGGAUGAAUUCGUCAUUAUUGAGGAGGUGGCCAAGGAGGCCAACGAAGUAGAUCUCGGUGGUCAGAGCAUAAAGAUUAAACCAAUUAAGUACGUGCAAAAGCACGACGAGGAUGUUGAGAAGAUCAUCAUCAAGUCAGCGCCUGCGGAUCCCAAGCUCGGAUCACAGCUCUACAAGGACGACCUGAAUUUUGAGUUCGAGGAGAGUCCUCCCACUGGAGCCAGCAGUAGUAGCGAGCAGCAGGAGGAGAGCGAUUCCAGUGAAACUGCAGCUGCCAACAAGCGCUGGGUUGAGAUGCAGUUGACCGACAACCAGCUGCGAUAUCCAUAUGAUUUAGCUGGAGCCGUGCUGGAGGACAUUAAAGAGGAAGACGGAGAGUUUGAGGUGGGCAGUAGCCGCAUCAGCAGUUUCAAGGAUUCCUUUUCGAGCACCCCCGAGUACGAUGUGGCGGCACGGCGCUAUCAUUCUCGUGGUGAGCACGACGAUGUCUCAAUGAGUAGUCUACAGGAGUUUGAGUCUCUGGAGCAAGCCAUUUCCUUGGAGAACCGGAAUCGCACACACCAAGGUUCUACGGAUUCGAGCAAUGGAAGCUUCACCCGCCGAUAUGUGGUUCGUCACAGUGGCAGUGGAACUGCCCCCGGUGACGAUGUAUCGGUCUCAAGUCUCAAGGACUUCGAGGGUCUCGAGAAUGCCUGCAUUGAAGCCCAUCUGAUUGAGAUCAAGGCCAGGGAGGAAGCUGCAUUACUUUCGCGCUCGGAUGAGUCUAAUAAAUCAAAUGGCAGCGAAAAAGGAGCCACGGGUAAUGUUGUGGUGACCAAGGUAACGCGGACCGUAACCCGCACCGAAGUGGUGCCCUCAAGUCACGUAGAGAGCAUCGAAGCCCUGCUAAAGCAGAAGCUGGAGCGGGAGGAAGGAUCUGUUCAAGGGAAAGUCACCGACAUUAGCACCACUGAGUUGGAUACCAAGUAUAAGAUCGACAGCCAGGACUCCGAAAAGGAUAGCAUCGAUAGCAUGGAGAUCAGCAAGAGCCACGACAUGAUGACCAGCAGCAUUGAGAGCUUCGAUAUCUCCAAGGACGCCACCACGAGAUCGGACAUUGAUUCCUUGGAGAUCGACAAGCGACACUCGCGACAGGAGAGCAUAGAAUCCUUCGGCGAUGAGCAGUUGGAUCUUAUGACCAAGUUUGUUAGCGGCGGUGGAGUGACACUAGGUGAUGGGCUGACCACCACCACGACCACGACUACCACCAGCACGGAUGCCGAUGGGCACGAACACACGGUGACCAGGGUGAUAACCACUACAACCAAUGUGGGUGGUGGCAUCCAGGAACUUCCAAUGGAUGAGGCCGGAAUGUCGAAGGACGUAUCGGUGGAUUCCUUAAACAUGUGCGUGGAGCAAACAACCAGCUCGGCUGGCACAACGGCAACCUACCAGACUAGCGCUGGUAACUCCCAGAUGUCCGGGAGCGUUACCAGCUGUGCCUCCAGCACUCUCAUGGAGGAUUCAUUCCCUGGUGUGGGUGGCAUGUCGUCGUCGCAAAUGUCGGCCAGUUUUUGGUCCCACGAUGAGUCCACGGUGGUCGAGGAUGAAGGACGCGAUCUCGCCAAGAAGCCACCCCAAGGCCACUAAACGCUGGAUGGGAUUAGGAGAUAGAGAGACAGAGAGAAAGAGCAAGAGGGAGAAGAAAAGAGAUAUAUAAGAGAUGUCACACGUAAUCCCAUAUGAAAAUGGGGCUUGAACGGUGACUUAGAAUAUUUGGCUAGACAAGGCGCCCUUCUAGACGAAGCACUAAUGAAUGAGUUUCUGGAUGAGAAACGCAUCCUUACCGGCUCUGAACAUCACCGAUUUCAAAUCGAACAGCAAAAGGGAUUUAUUAAUUAGCAAAUUUGACAUUUUCCAUCUACACACACACACAUUUUUAAUGAUAUUGAAGUGCAUACACGAGUUUUUAAAGGCAAAUAUAUAUAUUUUAUAUAUUUAUAAAAACUAUAAAAUCGCAGACAUGAAUAUGAAUACGAAUAUGAAUAUGGCAACCAUUAGCCGUUCAACGCAUUUUCUUAUUGGCUUUAAUGUUUAAAAAUUAAAUAAAGUUACGGCAGAAACCGAAAAUCUUUGUGCUAGGCGUUGUAAUGGAAUACACAUUUGCUUUUAAUUUGAUGUAGUUAUUAUAUAUGUACAUGUACGAAGGAAACUUAUUAUUAAAUGAAUCGCUUAUUAUUGUAGUUUAAUUUAAGCAAUUAUACAAACGCAUGUGAAAAAGGGGACGCAAUGAAAUAGUUGAAGCGCGGCAAGUGAAAUGCUUUUAAAGUCUCAUUUUUUACAGAACCAAGCAAAUUUUUUCGCUUGCAUAUUUUAACAGUGAAACAUACAUAAAUAUACAAUCUGAAAAACAAUGCAUAGAUCAAAUUUAAAGCAUAUACAAACAAGAUAUGAAAUUAAUUCACAUAGAAAUACCAAAAAACAGCCAUUAAGUGUAUCGCUAAUUUUCGUAAUGCACAUCUUGCGUGAACGAGUAUUUGUCAAAGAACCUAAUUAUUGAAAGGAUUUAAACGUUUUAGCAUCACCACUGUAAUGGAAUAUGAAUAAAAAUAAUAUUUGUGUUAAAAACAUACAAGAAAUAUUGAAUGAAAACGAAAAACAUUAUUGUAUUGUAAACCCACACGCGUAUGAAUAACCAAAUAAAAUGCUUAAUACAAA